GAGACAUCACAACAACAACAGUCAUGGCGGACCGCUUGUCGCAACUUCAAGAUGCUGUUAACAUGCAAGCAGAGAACCUUUAUAACAGCAUAGGCUGUUUGUUUAAUUCAGCACCACCAUGUAGUUUUGAUAAAAGUGGCAAGACCCCUUCACAGAAUGAAAAUCCUGAUGAUAUGACUGAACACAAAAGAGUCUUUGCCACUCUCAUUGCUCGUAAUGCCAAGGAUAUAGAUGCACUGAUUGAAAGUCUUCCAUCUGAAGAUUCAUCAGCUGAACUUCAGAUUUACAGUUUUGCAGUUUGCUUUAUAUGGAGUCAGUGUGCAUUAGUCAAGUUGAUGGAGAGUGUUAGGAUAAAGGGUAUUUGUAGAACUAUGCAAAUGACAAUUUCAAGAGAGAAGGUUUCAUUAUGUGAAAAGGGAGGAUGUCCUUUGUUAGUUUUGAUAUUUGAAGAAGACUCCAAGAUUCAUAUUUCAUUGCCUUAG